AUGGCCGAUGAUCAUGUCAACUUGAACGAAUACAAUGGCGCCCCUAUGGUGGGCACGUGUAUAGCCUUCCUCAGCUUAACAUGGCUGGCCGUGGGGCUGAGGACAUACACGAGGGCAGUGGUGAUUAAGAGCGUCCAAGAGGAUGACUGGCUCAUGCUCGUGGCUCAGGCCAUCUUCACACUCUCCUGCGCCUUUGUUUUUGCUGGUGUACAAGAUGGAAUGGGAAGACAUAACGAUGCUAUUACAGAUGAUGGCAAAAAAGUCUCAGCUCUUAUGUGGCAAUCAUUGGCCACCGUCACGUAUGUCAUCAACAUGAUGUUCAUCAAGCUGAGCAUUGGCAUCUUUCUGUUGCGCCUGUCUGCUCGAAAAGUCUACAACUGGAUCAUAUGCGUCAGCCUGGUCAUCAUCGGCAUCUGGAGCCUCGUCAUUUUCUUUUACGACAUCUUUCAGUGCACGCCCGUUCAGAAACAGUGGGAUUUUCGGAUUCAGGGAGGGAAAUGCGCAUCGCCCAACGACAUUAUUGCUGCCGCUUACGCUAUCAGCGUUAUGACAAUUGCAUCUGACUGGCUAUAUGCACUCCUUCCGAUACCUAUGCUGUGGUCAGUCAAGAUGACAAGCCAGGCCAAAGGAACUGUUAUCCUCAUCCUUGGCCUUGGUAUCUUUGCUAGUAUUGCCACUCUCAUUAGAAUCAAGUACUUGAGCUCACUUCAAGACACCAGUGAUUUGCUAUUCUCGGCAACAGACGUAAUGAUAUGGACUAUAAUCGAACCUGGAGUAGCCAUUGUUGCUUCUAGCCUCGCUACAAUUCGGCCUCUUUUGCGCGCCUGGAAGAUCCGUGGCUUCGAAUCAACGGGCCGACGCACACGCAGCGCCCCCUCUGGCUACGCGAGGCACACCGCCGACGAUGGAAACAUGGCCACCAUUGGCCAAGUCUUUGGGCCAAAUGAUGUUUCUCUAAAGCACGUCGAACCUAGCUACGAUGCAGCAGCCCCGAACCCCUCUACUAAGGCGACCAUUGGCUUGACCUUUGAGCAGUCUCAUACCAGUAGAGCGAUGGCUGCCCGACUAGACACUCAGCACCAGGGGAGCCAUGCCAGCGAAGGCAAGGAAUACUCGCCGUCGCGCAGUGUCAACACAGAGGCAUCGCACGCCACCACUAAUUCGUCUUUAUUCGAUGACAUCCACAACCUUGAGGCCCAAAGCCAAGAAAACGAAUACUAUGAAUACGGCUCCAGCAAGAGAGGGCACUAA